UGACAAAAUGGAACCCAGCAGCAGUGUGAGGACACCUGAAAGUGGCACAUGGCAUGGCAGAGAGUGGCGAUGGAGACAGCAGCAAUGGGAGGCCGUACAGGGACCCAUGAGACACUGUGGACCUGGCAGCAGCGUGAGGAGGCGGCGGUACAGGGGCCCAUGGCAGAUUAGGGGCCUGGCCGCAGCAAUGGGAGGCCCGUAAUCUGCCAGCAUCCUAUGACAAAAAUGGAAUCCAGCAGCAGUGUGAGGAGACCUGAAAGUGGCACAUGGCAGAGUGUGGGCGAUGGAGACAGCAGCAAUGGGAGGCGGUACAGGGACCCAUGACACACUGUGGACCUGGCAGCAGCGUGA